UUCGCUUUGAGUGGGUAUAGCCGCAAGGCGGCGGAUGUUUGAGGCCGGAGUUUUUCCGCAAACCACGGCUGACGAGCCCCACCCGCCCGCAGCGACUGGGUUUGGAGCCAAUAACCCGCCUUCUGUCCGCACAAACUGUCCCGCUGGGCUUAGCUACACCACACAUGAAGGCCAGGAGCUGGACUUGGUCGUCAGAGGCUAUUUGAGGCGCACACCAUUGGGAUCAUUUAAUUGGUAGUGAGAGACUUUUCCCACCACCACUCCGUAACGACCUUUAAGGAAUCUGUAGAACGCUGGUAAUACUGUAUCCUCAAGUUAUUUCCUUUGCAAAUAAAUGAGCCAUUAUUAGUAUGUAACUGCGUGGAAACUAAAAGCCAAAUCCAUUAAGUUUUUGGAAAAUAUAUUCAAUCCUAUAUGCUGUUAUCUUCAUGCUUGGAAAUGUAUUGGGAAACAAUUUUACAGCAAGGCAUCAACGAGUUCCGCUUUCCAGCGCCGGGUGCAGAUGCGUCCGCCUGGCUGUAGGGGCGCUGUAGUUGGGGGUUGACCCAUGAAGUUUCCUGACCCAACCAAUCACGGGGCAGUUUGCCACCCGGCAUCAUUUAAAACGUUGAAUUCGAGGGCUUGUUCAUACAGUUCGCGAUUACUUCCAAUUGACGAGCUGGUUUUGUGCAGUGAUAUAUAAUUGAAAUGGCAUUGAGAAUAUUUGUGGAGAAAGAAAACGAACUCUUGAGUGCCCACACUAAAAAGCACCCAAAACUACAUCCUUCUGAAACAGCUGUACUACAGACCCCCAAAGCUGGAAAGAUAUUAACCGUAACGCCUCACUUGCAGCAGUCUGCAAGAAAGGCACUGGGAGAUGUGAACUGUCUUUUGCGUACAGAUAUCAAGACUAAUCAGACUCAGAAAAAGGGAAAAGCAAAAGCCUUCAAGCUGCACAGUAAAGUAAAAACAUUUAAAACAACCAAGCCUGCAGAAAAGACUUCCACUUCUGAGCCUCCAAGAUGUCCUGUUGAGAAACCUGAAGAUUAUCCUGAAAUUGAAGCUUUCAUUCCAUUUGAUCCUUUUGCUGUCGUUCAAUUCGACUUUGAAGAUUUUACUUUGCCAGAGGAACACAGGCUUGAUCACAGCUAUCUGGCAGGCUUGCCGCUCUCUUUUCUGGAGAAGGAAGGAGCUUUAAUGGAAGAAGUGCUGAAUAAAGUCCCGUCACCUAUGAAACAGCUGUCACCCGUAAACGAAUCCGAUUCGUUGGAUUUCUAUGAAACUGAUAUAUUGGCAGACCUGGAUGGAAUCAAAAUUGAAUUGCCAUCAAUGGAAUAUGACUUCUGAUUGCUAAUCACCUGAAACUUCAAGCUAUGUUUAUUGUAAUUUGUAUGUAAUUGCAUGUUUGCAUCUUCCAGAUGGACCCUAAACGUUGAAGAUAUUGUCAUUAUUUAUGCAGUGUAUUCAAACUUUUUUAAUAAAGUCUUAUUGUGCAUUGAAAUGAGUAUUUGUAUAUUGUUGCAAUCUAGACAAGAUGCCCACCCCUUCUCACUGCCCAGCACCUGGUAGUGCUUCACUUUUUCCAUGACCCACAGUCCUUGUUGGACUGUUACCUUCCAGCUUCUUGCUUCAUCCCACCCUCCUUUUUCACCCUCCCCUGGAUUCAUUUUAUCACCCGUCAUCUUGUGCUCCUUCCCCUGAUGUAACCUACUCCUCACCUUUAUUCUGGCUUCUGUCCUCUUCACUAUGAAAGUUCUCAGCCUAAAACAUUGUCAGUUUAUUGUCUGCAAUAGAUGCUGUUUGACAUUGCCGAGUUCCUCCAGCAUUGAUUGUGUGUGUGUGAUCUGUUACUGACAAGUUCUGCCUUAAGGACCUUGCUUAGUGUACUGCAGGAACCUCAUUGGUUCCUUGAAAAACUUGUACUUGGGUACCAAUUCAACACCCCAGCAUUAAGAAUCCCAUGACUAUUUAUAAUUAAUAACUGACCAACUAUUCGUGUUUUUAUAAUAUCUACUCAACACUAUUUUUGACCUCGUUAUAUUUUGGCCUACUAUUAAUACAUUACAUACACACUUGCCCCUACAGGAGAAUGUGGGGUGGCAGGGAGGGUGUGAAGACCUGUAGUUCCACGUAAGCUGGUUGGAUAUGACAACGGCACAAUCUGGGCAACAGCUUAUACAGGCCGUUGGGGUUUUUGAAACCUCGGUGAUCGGGAUUGUCUACCCAAAGUAUAUGAGGACUGGAUUCGGUGGACUGCGCGGAGGAAACUACGAGCUGCUCCAACGGGCAGGAAGGCGUUUCCCAGCACGCGUUCUGGAGCGCAAAGAGCAUAAAGACAAUGUAGAUCGCCCUGGUCACCCACUACAUCCUAUAUCCAGUCGCCUUGACUUCCAUCUUGCCACUUGAUCCACACUCACUCACCUUUUUAUCCCAUACAACUACUGUAUCCUUUUCAGUCAUUUAUAUUGAAGUUUUUCUUGUGCCUAAUGAAAGUGCGAGCUACAUACUGUUUAUCUCCCAAAUGUUACUGGCAGCUUGGUUGGUGGCAUUUUUACAUGAGUUAAAACACUCCUGAAUUAAGUUCUACUCCAAACACUGAGCCCAAAAUUUGACAAUCAUCAAAAAUCCUGUGUCAAUUUCUUAAACUCCCGGACCAACGUUUUACUAGUAAUCCACCUGCUAUCUCAAUUUGCUUUGGGCAAAGUAGCUGCGAAACAGAAGCUGAAGGGU